UUCUCUUGGCUGUAAGUUCAUCUUUGGAUACCCUGAACCAACACUUCCACGAGACACCAACACGUUCCCAUAAAAAGCUACGAAACUGUGUUUGCUUUACCGAAAGAAAAUCUAACCAUAAGGUUUUUCGGGACACAAUGGCUUCACAGCCGUCCCAGAGACCGCGUCGAAAUGCUUCGCCUGCAUCGAGCUCCAAACUACAACCUAUGCGGGCUACCUUACCAUUUUCGCUGAUAUCUCCCAGCAAUCCGAGUUCUACUCGCGGAAAUGGACUACGAAGACCAAGUCCAUCUUCUUCACCGGUUCAUGGGAGUGAAAAUGCCCUCAAACAUCGAAGAAGUUCUCCCGAAACACGUGGGUCUCCUGAGCAUCGUCGUAGUCCUUCUUCACCAUCUUUAUCUAGCUCGAAAGGUGAGAGAGGAAAAUUGUCGAAAAGCAGUUCGGGCUCCAUAAGAAGAACGCCAUCCAUAGACGCCAUUUCGCCUUACAUGAGUGGACAGUGGCCGAAAGACGUUGGAAGUUACGGUCCGAGUGUGUGCCAUAAAUCAACUCAGACACCAGUUUGGGAAGAGGGGGAUAUUGAAGAUAAUUCAGGAACAAGAAACAAGCGAUCAAAUUCCCUGGGAAGUGGAGACCAGAAGAUUAAAGAGAAAUUGAAACAACAUCUUCAACGCACAAAGCAAGGCAGUAAAUCUAGCCAUACGUAUGGCCGCCAGUCUCCCCUUCAUGGUGAUCAUACUGCUAUUCCAGCAAGCCGGCUGCCUCAGUCAAUUCCCAUUUCAAUCCCUUUGGGCCCAAGACCAUCAGAAGGACCUCAGAAAAGAAGCUUGGAAGGCCUAAACUCUGAAAUUCAGAAACUUGUUUUGACAGAUGCUUCAACAGAAAGGACAUCAGAACACGUUCCAGAUGGACGCAAAGCCCCUGUAUUUGAGGUACUGUCUGGGGCUCCUUUUCGGACAGUAGACACUCACACGCAGACUCCCUCUAAUAAUCAAGAGGGGCAAGAUAGUAGUGGCAGUGGUAGCAGCAGCAGCAGAAGCCAUUCUGCAUCCCCAACCUACCCCAUCAUGCCAGGGGCAUCUGAUUCAAGGCCUUCAUCAAGAUGUUCCUCAGGAGGUGCUGCAGAUGCUGAAGAAAAUGUUUCUCCUGAGCUUCCUUCAGGGGGUUCUAAAUAUGCCUCCUCACCAAAGCCCAAUAAUUCUUAUCUGUUUGCGAGGGAGCCUCCUGAUGGAGCAGAGAAAGUCCCAUUACAUGUUGAAGAUGCUGACAGAAGUGCAUCGCCCCAGAUUUUUUGCCCAGACAAGACAAAAGUGAACUUCAUAACCAUCCCUGCAAGAUCAGCAUUUUCUGUCUUCAAUGCCCUUCCUUCCUUGCCCAAGGUGGCCGUCACCUCUCCAGCAACAGCAAACCAACAGUUAUCACAAGUGGAGGCUUCUCAGUAAUAAGAACUGCAAGGGACUUAAACAAGCUGCAAACUGUUGCCAUGCAGUUCAACCAUGAAACUGAAGUACUUUAGAAAUACAAAAAACAAAAACAAAACAAAACAAAAAAAGAUUAACAAAAAUAACUAAUUUAUUGCAAGCAUUAAGAAUGACUAGAGGGUUCUUCUUAGUUUCCUCUCUGACUCCUGUGCAUUAACCUAUUUAAUUAUUUUAAAACAUCUUUUCUUAAAUUGUCCUAAUGUACCUGUUUUAUGAAAAAAUUUGAUAUCUUGACCAACUUGUUUGGUUUGAGAAAGUAGUGUGGGGGUGGAUGUUUUGUGCUUCAAUGAAGAAGUACUUGUGAUAAAAUUAUUCUUCUGUUGUUUUUCUCUUUCUCCACUGGAUGAAGAUGGCUGCUCUACAUGACUGGCAUUUCUUUUCCAGUAAUAGUGUGUUUCAAGGAGCUUGUGUAUAUGGUAAUGAAAUUUGUAAGGUCUUGUAUAUUGAGGCAUUUGUUACUUAAGAUCUCUGAACAUUAUAUAUUGUCUCAAUUUACCCCCUAACUCCCAAGAUCUCAACAUAAAUUUCCUGCAAUGUCUGUCACAUUUCUUUUCAAUUGAGAAUUUGGCAUUUUGGACGAACAACAUCUCCGCAUUUAAAUCUUUCUUGCUUCUCAUCACCUUCCUGCUUGCAAAUGUUGAUACAGUUUGAAGAGGAAAUCUGUUUUGGGUACACUGGGAGUGAAUGGAUAAAGGAAAAAUUGAACACUUUUGAAAUUUCAAUUUUUUUAGACUGGUCCUUUAUAAAAAGGAAACAGUUAUGCAAUGUUUGGGAGAGAAGGAUGGUUUUCUUGUGAUCCUGGUGUUGGCUUGGUCUUGAGUCAGGAAAAUGUAAAUGAUGGCUCUGGUUUGAUUUUUUUUACUCGAACAUUUGUAAGUUACCACAAGAAGUUUGCAUGUUGGAGUUCUUUAGUUUGUGUGUUUUUUUUGCUGUUGUUGUUGUCUUUUUUUCAACAUGUUUGUUUGAUGUAGUGCUAGUGUUUGGAAGCUUUCUUAAAGAAAUUUUAUACAAAAAAAGUACCAACCACCCUUGAUGUACCGUUGUCAGGGGGCAUUUGAGUGUUGAAGAUUGUAUAUUAUGUUGUUAUUCUGUCAUGUUAAAAAAGUGUACUAUAUUGAUAGAUUUAAUAUUAAGUGUAACUUAAAGAAGACAAACCUUUCAGUGAUAAUGCGUUUAACAGUUAAGGAGUUUUAUAUAAAAAGAAACCUAUACAGCAUUCACUGGCUUAAUUCUUAAUGUAUACUACAGUUCUUGAUGUAAAUAUUUUAUGGAUUGAAAUAACUAUAUAAUACUUGUAUAUUUUUACACUGAAAGAAAAUCAAAUCUGUUGUAGAUUUAUUGGACAGUGAAGACUGCUCCAGAGUUUGUGUACUGAGACCUGUUUUGUGCCUCUUCUAACUGAUCUACUGGCUAGGUCAGUGUUACCGGUAACCGAAAGUACAACUUCUGCCCUUGAAUAAUGUUGAACAAGAACUAAAAUUUUCUGUCAGGGAACAUUCUCGUAUUUAUUUUGUGGAAUUGUCAGUUUCUGUCAAGAGAUGUGUUUAGGUUGGCUUCCUUGGAUUUUUUGAACCAGUCCCCAGGUAUAGGGUGUGAUUUCACAUCUUGAAAAAGUGAUGAUAAUGAUCAUUUUAUAAUUAUCCAUGUCUUAACAUAUCUUAGAUGCUCUCUGUAUUUUAGGAGAGUAUAAUUACUUGGACAUACGUUUUGCUAAACACAUGUAACUUAUUGUAUUCCUAUUACCACAUACUCAGUACUAUUAAAAAUUUUAACAGAAAA